GAACAAAUUGCUCUGAUAAUGAAAUAUGCUUUGCCUCCCUUGGUCGGAGCUUUGAUUUUGGUACUGAUCGUGGUUUUCUUGAUAAAGAGACGCCAAAAGAAAAAGGCAGCACCAGCUUCUGCUGACGCCUCAUCAGUUGGAGUCCCAUGGAAGAUCGUCUCGCAGAGAGAACUCACGAAUGGGACGAGUUCCUUUAGUGAGAUAAACCUACUCGGGAAAGGGAGCUAUGGUUCAGUGUUCAAAGCAAUGCUUGCGGAUGACACAAUUGUCGCAGUGGAAGUGUUCAACUUGGAAUCAGAAGGAGCACUGAAGAGCUUCGACACAGAGAGUCGCAUACUAAGCACUAUUCGGCACAGGAACUUGAUCAAGAUACUUGGUUGUUGCAGCAAUGCACAGUUCAAGGCCUUGAUUCUUGAUUACAUGCCUAAAGGGUGUCUGGAGAAAUGGCUGCAUUCGGAUGUGCAUGUUUUGGAUCUGAUGCAGAGGUUGAAGAUAGCCAUAGACGCCGCGUUGGCCUUGGAAUAUCUUCAUCACAAUUACACGUUUACAGUCGUGCAUUGUGAUUUAAAGCCGAACAAUGUGUUGCUCGAUGAAGAUAUGACUGCUCAUGUUGGGGAUUUUGGCAUUUCUAAGCUUUUUGAGGAUAGGGGUGCUAUGGUUAAUACUAUGACCAUGGCAACUAUUGGUUAUGCAGCACCAGAAAGAGAAGAUCGGCAUUUCUCUGCAAAGGAGCAAUGCGUUGUGUCUAUUUUUGAUUUGGCGAUGAAGUGUUUGGCCUUUUCGGCCGAGGUUGCAGCUGCACUGCAGAAGUUCAAAGCUAUAGUAGAAGCAGCCACGAAGAGGCAAACGAGUUCUUGAUUAUGUACAACAGUUAUGAACUUUUUUUCAAACGCACAGCAAUAAGUUACAACUUGAUUUCCA